GCUACGCGCACUUCAUCGCGCGGUCUGCAUUUGCCUUCCUGUGGGCCGCGGCAACCGUUCCUACCGAGGCGCUCGCGGAGGUUUAUCCAUGGAUGGACCAGAGUUUCUUCUUCGAUUGGGCACCCAGCACUCAGCCUGUACCCAUUCCCACCGUAGAACAGUGCAGUAGUAUUUCUAUCUCAUGGACUCGCACAUCAGCCUCUACAGGGCCGAACCCGGUCGCGCCAUACUAUUUGCAAGUGUACACAGACACGUUCGUGGUACCGCUGGUUAUCGAGGCAGGAAGCGGCACAUCACUUGAUUGGGUUGUUCCGUUUAUACCGGGAACGCAAUUUCAAAUAUGCAUGUUUGCGUCGAACGGAGCGACAGGAGGGUGCCAAAGGAUGUAUACCGUCAUUCCUACGACGGAUUCCUCCCUUGGCAACCCCCCUGUGUGCAGGAACCUGACUUACCCACAAGAGUCGCAAAACCUUGGGAUCCAGGGGAUCGUGUCCACCGGGCCUUUGUCGCAGUCUGGGUGGGUAAACCAGUGCAGCGACAUACAAAUCUCUGCCACGAAUGGCACGCCUCCUUAUAUACUCACAGUUGCCCCGACAUUACAUCCUCCAGUAAACAUCACCUUCAAUCAAUCGGCUCCGAUAAACUGGACAGUAGCGCUUUCGUGGGGCUCACCCUUCUUCCUAUCGGUGGUGGACUCUGCGGGCAAUUUCUGGGCGAAUGGGCCCUUGCACAGUGGCGGACCGGCACCUAGCGGAUGUCUUGCUGCGCUUGACAGCUCGAGCAAUGGCACUGACCACUCUGGAUCCAGCGGGGUGGCACCGGGUGUGGCAAUAGGUUCAGGGAUCGGAGGCCUCGCAUUUGGUCUUCUCCUAGGCGGCUUAGGCGCCUUCCUCUUUUUACGCCGCAGGGGAUCCUCCUAUUCUGACCGCAUUCUCGGACAUCGCAAGAACAGCUCCGACCUGGACGAUGGCCUCCCACACAUGCCCGCCGAUCACUACAGCGCGAUCCCCUCUUCCGAGCCGUUACAAGCGUCCACGAGCACGCGCGGGGCGCCUCGAACAAUGUCGAGCAGCAGGACCCUCGGCCAUACUAGCCUCGGCAGCCUGCCGUCGAACCAGUACCACAUCGAGCCGUUCAUCAUGCCCAAUGAGGUGCUACAGCCACCCGCCGCCCCGCCGCUCGAAUCUCGUCCAUCGACUGCAUCUGGGUCCAGGGUGCCGUCGGAUAGCCAGAACUCGCGGGGUGUGCCGAAUGUGUAUGUCGUGCACCAUGAUGGCGGGCGGCCACCUGUGACGGUCUUCACGGACGACGGGACGCAAGUGAUCGAGUUGCCGCCGCAGUAUAUUGAUGAGCGUUCGGACGGGCGGUCGGAAGGGAGGUCGGACAGACGCUCCGGGGGAGGGUCGGAGGGAAGGCCCGGGUCUGAGGGGAUCACCCUCGAGCAGCGGAGAACACCAGGUCAAGUCCCGGCAAAACGAAAUCGGAAUCGGAAUCAGCCAGGUGGUACCUCCAACUCCCGAUGAUGCUCACUUGUUCAUUUAUCUUCCUGUGGAUUCGCCUGUGUAGUUUGCUUUUCAUAUUAUCUAUAUCCGCUCGCUGCAUUUGUUACCCUGCAUAUCUUUCAUGAUUUAACACGUUCUAUGGACAAUUCCUGCCGCCAUGUUUAGUGUACCCUGUCACAAGCGUAUAUCCGUAGCUUUCUAUCUGACGUAGUGAAUCGAGUAGAUCGCACCAGUCAGUAAUGGUACUAUAUCAACCAGGACGACC